GCUGCUUCUUAAAUCACACGUUUUGUUUGUUAAUGUUAUGAUUUUACCGAAUCAAUUCUUUUGACCUUGGAUAAAUUUGGAUUCCGGAAGUGUAUUUACAGCUGCUCCCUAGCUAGCUAACAAGUGACUUGCGGAUGUGUUUUUCCUACCUGUAUUCCGCUUUGUGUAAUAUGAUUGGUUGCUAGUGUAUAGUCACAUGCCGUCUGCCAAUCGGUUGAUUCAGAUUUGGAAGGUGUAGCCAAUCAUGGGUGAGAAGGCGGGGUUUGUUGGAUUACGGGUGAGGAAUAGCUAGCUAUCCUGGUUUGACAUAUAGGUGACCUGUUGAGCCCCAUUACCGUGAUGAUGCUGACCAGCCUUUUCAGGUUGCAUGGCCUGUUCGUGGCCUCUCACCCCUUGGAGGUGAUUGUGGGAACGAUUGCUGUGACCAUCUGCCUCAUGUCCAUGAACGCCAUCGCUCUCGGCGACCAGCUCUGUGACUGGAAGUACCAGUGCCCUAAAGCGCAAGAGAAAAUCCUAAGCAGCGACAUCAUCAUCUUAACGCUCACCAGGUGCACGGCCAUCAUCUACAUCUACGUGCAGUUCAAAAACCUGAGGCAGCUCGGCUCCAAGUACAUGCUCGGCAUCGCCGGACUCUUCACUGUGUUCUCCAGCCUCGUCUUCAGCAUCGUGGUCAUUCAUUUCCUCGGCAAAGAGCUCACAGGCCUCAACGAAGCGCUGCCUUUCUUCCUGUUGCUGAUCGACCUGUCUAAAGCCUGCACGCUGGCCAAGUUCGCUCUCAGCUCAAACUCUCAGGAGGAGGUGAGGGAGAACAUCGCACAGGGCAUGGCCAUCCUGGGACCGACCUUCACCCUGGACGCCGUGGUGGAGUGCCUGGUAAUCGGAGUAGGAACCAUGUCUGGUGUGCGGCAGCUGGAGCUGGUGUGCUGUUUUGGCUGCAUAUCCGUCCUGGCUAACUACUUCGUCUUCAUGACCUUCUUCCCUGCCUGUGUCUCUCUGGUGUUGGAGCUUUCGAGAGAGAGCAGAGAGGGGCGGCCCAUCUGGCAGCUGAGUCACUUUGCUCAUGUCCUGAAGGAAGAAGAGGACAACAAGCCCAACCCUGUCACACAGCGUGUCAAAUUAAUCAUGUCUCUGGUGCUGGCGCUGGUUCAUGCACACACACGCCUGCUGGCCGAGUCUCCUUCCAGCAACUCCUCCGGCUCUGCUGUGGGUCUGCACAGCCCCAACAUGGACGCUCACACACCCAUGACCAGUUUGGACAUGGAGCAGGUCAUCACUCUGUCUCUGGCUCUGCUGCUGGCUGUGAAGUACGUCUUCUUCGAGCAGGCGGAGACCGAAUCCUCCCUGUCAAUCAAAACCCCGCAGACCUUCCUGUCCAAUAGGAGAGCAGGAGAGGAGUGCUGUAGGAGGGAUGUAGCUUUACCCAGAAACCCCAACGGGAGACCACCUACGCUUUCCGCUACAGACACGAGAGAUGAAGUGCCUCAGCAGCAGUCGUGUCCUUCUGCUCAGAGACGUGCAGCAGAGGAAGAGUCAGAGGAGAGAGAAACACAAAUCCCUCAAACUUCAGUCCAACCUCGUCCUCUAAACGAGUGCCUGAGUGUCCUCAGAGACCCGCAGCAAGGCCCACGUUGCCUGAGUGAUGCUGAGGUGAUGGCAUUAGUGGAGAACAAGAGCAUUCUGGGAUACCGCCUGGAGGCGGAGCUGGAGACUCCAGAGAGGGGCGUGGCUAUACGUAGGGAGAUGUUGGCAUGUAAGUUGCCCUGCCCCUCAGCCCUGGAGAACCUCCCCUACACAGACUACGACUACUCCAAGGUAAUGGGCACAAACUGUGAGAAUGUGAUUGGCUAUGUGCCUGUGCCAGUGGGCGUGGCUGGACCUUUGCUGUUGGACGGGAAGGAGUUUUACAUUCCUAUAGCGACAACGGAGGGGUGUUUGGUAGCCAGCACCAACCGAGGCUGCAGGGCCAUCACUCUCUCAGGUGGAGCGAGUGCCCGUGUCCUGGCUGAUGGUAUGACUCGGGGUCCAGUUGUUCAGCUGCCGUCAGUGUGUAAAGCUGCAGAAGUGAAAUCCUGGCUGGAGAGUCCUGACGGCUUCAGUGUGCUUAAACACGCUUUCGACAGAAUGAGCAGGUUUGCUCGGCUUGACCGGUUGCAGGUUUGUCUGGCUGGCAGGAACCUCUACAUCCGCUUCCAGUCUCAGACCGGUGACGCCAUGGGCAUGAACAUGCUGUCUAAGGGUACAGAACAGGCGUUAUGCAGGCUGCAAGAACAGUUUCCCGAGCUGCGCGUGUUAGCCGUCAGUGGAAACUUCUGCACCGACAAAAAACCCGCAGCCGUCAACUGGAUCCACGGCCGCGGAAAAUCCACGGUGUGCGAGGCCACGAUCCCGGCUAAAGUGGUGCGAGAGGUGCUGAAGACGAGCACCGCGGCUCUGGUGGAGCUGAACAUCAGUAAAAACCUGGUGGGUUCCGCGAUGGCCGGCAGUAUAGGUGGCUUCAACGCGCAGGCCGCGAACAUCGUAGCAGCGAUUUACAUUGCAUGUGGACAGGACCCAGGUCAGACAGUAGGCAGCAGUAACUGUAUCACUCUGAUGGAGGCUGUUGGGCCAGAUGGAGAGGAUCUGUGUAUUUCCUGUACGAUGCCGUCUAUAGAGCUGGGCACCGUUGGCGGGGGCACAAACUUACCACCACAGCAAGCCUGUCUGCAGAUGCUGGGCGUACAGGGUACGAGUGCAGACCAUCCCGGGGAGAACUCGCGCACUCUGGCGCAGGUUGUGUGUGCAGCGGUGAUGGCAGGAGAGCUCUCGCUCAUGUCUGCUCUCGCUGCUGGACACCUCGUCAAGAGUCACAUGACUUUGAACAGAUCAAAAGUCAACCUUCCGGAAAUGUCCAGAUCGACGAUGAAGGAUCCUUCCUGAUGGAGCAUUCUGGGAAACGGGAGUCUACGAUAUAACGACGACUGCCGAAAUCGACUCUCAGGACCUAUUUUUUUUUUUAUAAAAAAAAGAAAAACUGUCUUUAAAGUCAGCAGAAGGACGCUGAUACAAGCGCAAGCAGAACAUGGAGAAAUAAAUCCCUCUCAGAUCCAUGUUUAGGCUGCUGGAGCUGCUUUGCACUAGCGUUUGGACGAUGAUGAAUGUCUAUGCUCUAACAGUGUUGUGUAUCGUGACUGGGUGAAGCGCUGUGACGGUAUCGAGCGUCGCUAUGUCGAGGCGGAGAUCAUGCACGAGAAGGCGGCCAUUUUCUUUAAUCGAGGUUUACUUGACAACGAAACGAAGGAAGACAUUUAAAGCUGCGGUUAACUACGUGCCGUAGUAACAUCACUACUACAAGCUUGUUCCUUGGUACACUAAAUUCUGGACUGUCAGUGAUGUCUGCUUUGUUUUGAACAGUGUGUGUGUGUAAGUUACAGCUCAGAGUGUAAAAUUAAAGUGUGUAAUACACUGGAUCAUAAACAAAAUGGACUCGUGGCUGAAUAAACAAACACGCUGAAACUAAACAUAACAAGCAAGGAAUCCAUUUAAAAAAAAUGCAUUUACAGUUACAUUUCUCAAUGUGGAACGACCAUGAAACUUCUAGCAGCUAUAACGAUAUGUCGUUCUGUCACUCGCCACAAAGCAAAAAAUAAAUAAAUAAGCAAACACACAGCGUUGUGGCCGAUCCUGCAAAUUAAAAUAUCACUAAAGCCAUAUUUCUCUCAGCUUCAUAAACCUUAUUGUUUUAAAUAUUUAUACUAAUUAAUUUAAAUUCACCAUGGCUGUAUUUUUGUUUUAUAAAAACACCAAAAAAUGUACAAUAAAUAACAGUGCUGGUAUUAAGUUGUCAUUAAAUGCAUAUUUUUAUUUCGAUGAAAUUCUUUUGGAGGAAUUUAUAUUUAAAAAGAAAAAAACAAACCCCACCACAUGCAAUGAUAGACCAUUACCUGAUUUGUGCACAUCGAUAAUCUUCGGUUUCUUCUGCAAGAAGUUUUUUUUUUUCCCCAUGGGAAUGGAUUCCAAAAAGAUUGACAUUAAUACUGAAAAAUGAAUAAAAAAAUCCCCCCCUUUUUUUAUUUUGGCACACAUCUUUAAGAGAAAAUUCAAAUGACCUUUAUGUAAAAGCAUAGUUCUGACGAGAAGCAUCUUUAAGAAAGAUAAGCUUGAUAUCUUAUUUAUGCCUCUUCGUGAACAACAUGCACGUGUUAUUGCAUCACAAAAUAUCACAGCCUAUCAGAAUCCAAUAUGCAAAUGAGGCCCAAACCACAGGGUUUCCAGGGAAAUGGGGCGUAGUAAAAACAUUUAAAAAUGCACAAUGGUAAAUUUCAUUAUGGAAUUAGUACACCACACACUGCAGUAAACAGUCUUUAUCUUUAUUUCUGUAUAAACACGUGACACAAGUGCCGCAUUUCCACUCUCCCCCCCCCCAUUCAUUCUGUCCAGACACUGUUAGUGUAACUAUUUUAUUUACAGACACAUCUGCUUUAUUCCCACUACGAUACAUUCAGUGCAAAUGCAACAAAUAAACUAUACUGGGAUUAGAAGGACAUCUGACUCUUCAGCACGCACGCGCGCACACACACACACACACACACACACACACACACACACACACACACACACACAAUUAACUGGGGUGCAAAACUCCACUCCUGACUGGCUGUUUCCUGUCGCAGCAUCACCAACCCUCCAAUCAGCUGUUAAAUUAAAUGCAAUUACAAAAAGAGAGAUAUAUUUUAACGUGUACAAGUGGAUUGGAUACGACAUCGUGAACGAUUCGAUUGAACGGGUUUAAAACGUAACAGCCAAGGGGAAUGGAGUGGAGCAGCUGUGUGUCGAGACGAGCUACUAAAAAGGGCCAAUGUUUUCCUCAACAUCCAUCAUGAGCAAUCCUCCGCCUCUUAAAGAGCAAGCUUUAUAGCGCAACUCUAAAAUCAGGGUCGUGACUCAAGUGCUGUCCAUAUUAACAGUGUUCAUUAGAUCGCUGAAAACUUUACGCGAAAAUGAUGAGAAGGACAGGAACAGCAAAUAGUCAACCGAUUUUCACCUUUACGCUUAUUUUCAUCUUGCUGUCAGACGAAAAAACAAACAAAAAAAAAACAACAGGCGUUCCUCUCAAAAUCGGAAAACGGCGAGCCUCAUUUAUCAUACUGGAGACAAACGGAUUUAGACGAUUCGUAAAUCGUUCGCAGGAGCAUUUACACACAGGAAACGCAGCGUUCCUGAAAAUCCAUUCAGUCCCGUGCGUGUAAAAUUACGUAUAAGGGAGACUCACUAAUAUGAAACGAUCGAUUGGUUUCAAAUCGCAGAAUUGUUCGUUGCAAUUUUAUAUACACGUGUUGCGAGUACGACGAUUUUGGGAAACAAUUUUGUGAACACCUUCCUUCAAUUAGGACAAAAGUAAUGGCACCCUUUUUUUUUUUUUUU